AUGGUGACUAGCAGCAAAACCGUGAUGCUCCGCAGCUCGGACGGCGAGGAGCUCGUGGUCCAGGCAGAGACUAUGGCGGCGGCGUCCAUGCUGAUCCGGGACAUGCUGGAGGACGACGGCGCGGGCGCCGGCGUGAUCCCGCUGCCUAAGGUGACCGGCCGCAUCCUCGCUCGCGUUGUCGACUACUGCACCUGUCACUACGCGGCCGCGCAUGCUGUCGUCAAUCCCGACCUGGAGCGCUUCGACGCCGAAUUCGUCGGCGGAAUGGACCAUGACACGUUGAUGAGCCUCAUCCUCGCCGCCAACUACCUCGACGUGCAGGGUCUCUUGGGCCUGGCCUGUAAGACGGUGGCCGACCGGACCAGUCGUCGGAAGACGCCGGAGAAGAUUUCUUCCGCUCUUGCUCCACCCAGAGUGCCUAUGGAAUUGCACGCUGGUAACCGCGAGCGACUCGUCGCUGCGCUCCGUGCCCAUCUCUCCGCCUCCACGCGCCCUCUCCGUGGCCUUGUCCUCCUCCAGGGCGGCGAGGAGCGGACUCGCGACUCUACAGAUCACGUCGAGCUUUUCAGGCAGGAGAGCUACUUUGCCUAUCUCUUCGGCGUGCGUGAGCCCGGUUUCUAUGGCGCAGUCGACAUUGCCUCCGGACAGUCCAUCCUAUUCGCUCCAAGGUUGCCACCUGCCUAUGCUGUCUGGAUGGGUGAAAUAAAACCAUCGUCUUAUUUCAAGGGUAUGUACAAGGUUGACAAGGUCUUCUAUACUGAUGAGCUUGCACAGGUUUUGCAAAAUCAGUUCAGUGAUGAGCAUGGGAAGCCUCUUCUUUUCCUCUUACAUGGAAAGAGCACCGACAGUGGAAAUUACUCGAAACCUGCUAGCUUUGAAGGUAUGGACAAGUACUUUGACACCGACUCGAGCACACUUCAUCCUAUCAUAACCGAGUGCCGUGUUAUAAAGUCUGACAUGGAGCUUGCCGUCCUUCAGUACGCUAAUGAUGUUAGUUCAGAAGCACACAUUGAGGUUAUGAGACGAGCAAAACCAGGAAUGAAGGAAUUUCAAUUAGAAAGCAUCUUUCUUCAUCACGCUUACAUGUACGGAGCCUGCCGACAUUGCUCCUACACUUGUAUAUGUGCUACCGGAGAGAACAGUUCUGUACUGCACUAUGGACAUGCUGCAGCUCCAAAUGACCGGACACUAGUGGACGGAGACAUGGCUCUGAUGGACAUGGGAGCUGAAUACCAUUUCUAUGGCUCCGACAUCACAUGUUCAUACCCUAUAAAUGGGAGAUUUACUAGACACCAGACGGUAGUAUACAACGCUGUCCUUGAGGCUCAUAAUGCCGUUAUAUCACACAUGCGCCCGGGAGUAAAAUGGAUUGAUAUGCACAAGCUUGCAGAGCAAAAAAUAUUGGAAUCUUUAGAGAAAGAAAACAUCAUCCAAGGUGAUAUUGGCGAUAUGAUGGCUCGAAGGCUGGGAGCUCUUUUCAUGCCUCAUGGUCUUGGGCACUUACUUGGAAUUGACACCCAUGAUGUUGGAGGCUACCCUGAAGGCUCGGAGAGGCCAAAGGAGCCAGGACUAAGCGCCUUGCGAACCAUUAGAGAACUUAAAGAAGGGAUGGUUAUUACUGUCGAACCAGGCUGUUACUUCAUUGAUGCUUUGCUGGGGCCUGUUAGAGAUGACCCAAUUUCCUCUAAGUUCUUCAAGUGGGAAGAAAUUGAAAAUUAUAAAAGGUUUGGUGGCGUUCGUAUUGAGAGUAAUUUGUAUGUGACGGCCCAAGGGUGCAAGAACAUGACAAAUUGCCCAAGAGAGACCUGGGAAAUCGAAGCGGUGAUGGCGGGUGCACAUUGGCCUUUGCCUGCUAAGAACUAG